AAGGCCUCGUGGAUAAUGAAUGUGCUACACUCAGGUUUCGGAUUUUCACAGAAUUACAACAAUCUCCAUCCCAUUGACAAGUUGGCUGAAAUUGAAGUGCAGUGGAGCCUAGGAGCCUUCAUCUAUCACAUGCAGACCCUUAGCUUAAUUAACACAAAGAGUCAUUCAUCUUUAAGGGCCUUAUCUAACGGGGGCUCAAUGUUAUCCCCUUAUAAAAAGAAUAUGAUUUCUACUGGUUACUAA